UGACAUUAGCUUUAUCAGGCUGUGUUAAAAACAUACCAAAGAUAAUCUAUUGUGAACUUUGUACCAAAACCACACUGAACAACAUAGCAGAACCCCCCCCCCCCCUUGCAAGCCUGUUGUCUUUCAUUGAAUUUAUCAAUCACAGUAUAGUAGGUGGUGGUGGGAGGAAUAUAAUCACUGUGUGGUUCUGUCGCAGCUUUUAAACAAAAGACAAGCAACACACACACACAGACAGAUACAGUUGGGAUUUUACAUACUUCCUUCAUGGAUGUUAGAACUUCCUCGACCUUAUGGAUUCUCUUCCUCACCACACAAUGUGCCACAGCACUGCUCUGCUACCAAUGUGAAAGCAAUUUCACUCAUUCAGACUGCGAAAAUAAUUUUAAGAAACUAAAAGAAUUUGUAGUGAAUUGUAAGGAUUCCUACUGUGCUGUGGAGAGCCUAUAUGUUGAUGGUAAAACAAACUUGUUCAGCAGACACUGUAGCAAUGGAAGGAUGACAAUUGCUAACAAUGCCAAGAUGAAACACCUGAAUGCUGAGACCAACAUCACUGUGUAUGCACGCAAAAAGGAAGCAGUGGUUGCUGCCUCUAUCUGCAACAAAGACUACUGCAAUGGCCCAGCAAACACCUCCCCAAAACUACAAUUACAAUUUUCUCUUAUUAUACUCUCUGUUUCUCUCUUCUACUCUUUUCUUUCAUUGGCUUCAUUUAACACUUUAAACAUUCAUCAAAAUUAAUUGUGUUGCCACCUGUGUGUUUGUUUGUGUGUGUGUGUGUAUAGGUACAUAGAUAGAUAGACAGACAGACAAAUAGAUAGAUAGAUAGAUAGAUAGAUAGAUAGAUAGAUAGAUAGAUAGAUAGAUAGAUAGAUAGAUAGAUAAAUAGAUAGAUAGAUAGAUAGAUAGAUAGAUAGAUAGAUAGAUAGAUAGAUAGAUUAUACAUAUAUGUAUGUAUGUGUGAAAGUUCAUUUAAUUUUUCUCAUUAUUUGUAAAAACAUAUAUGUCUCAUUUUCUCCAUAGGUCUUGAUCAAGAGAAUGGUAUCUACCAUCGAAUUUCAAUGUUCCCUGGGUGUUAUGCUUUAUAUACCAAUUCCAAAUGAUUUCAUUUCACGUCAUUUUCAUUCCUUUCUCUCACUUCUUCAAAAGAAAUAACAGAAAUUAAUAAAAUGCUUUUCAAACUGCA